CGGGCAGUGAGAGCAGCUCCUACUUGGAGGAGUCAAGUGAAGCAGAAAAUGAGGAUCGGGAAGCAGGGGAGCUGCCCACCUCACCUCUGCAUCUGUUCAGCUCUGCGAAUAACCGCGCCUUGGAUGGCAGUGGUUCUGAGCCAGGUGCUUUCACAGUGGCCUCAAAGAGAGAGAGGAGGCAGGAGGCUGUGGAAGAAUCGGGGAUGUGGGCGGAGCCAUCCAGACUGUCCUUAAGGGUCAUUUUCUCUCUGCAGUCUGGUUUCCAAGUCUUGUUCUCCAAGUCUUGUGUUUGCUCAGCGCUUGUUAAAUUCCAUUCUAUGUGGACUAGGCUAGGCAGUCCCCGAGUCUGGAUCUGAAGACAGUGAGACUCAGUGGUGUGAGUACUUUUGAACAGAGGGACAAGAGGUAGCUUGUGGGCUGCAGGCUGGCAAGUGGGGGUAGGGGAUGUACAGGAUAAAGUGGUCUUCAGGUCAGAAGGCAGGUGCAGAGGUGGGCAGAAGGGAGUGGCCAUGAACCAUCUGGAAGCCAGUUGACUUCAAAAAGAUGGUGCUUGGAUGGCUGCUAGGCCCUGUGUGGGGGUGUGCAGAGUGGGCAGUGUGUCCUUGAAAAGAGGCAGGCUCCAAUCUUCAAACAGCCCCUCUGUGCCUUCCACUGGCACUGGUGGGCCAUGCGUCAGCUUUCCUUCCGCUCAUCCUGGCUUUUCCUAUUUUACUUGUUCAUCUUUCUUCCUCUGUCUUCUUCCCGCCCUUCUCUUAGGAGCUGAGAGUCAGGACUAGCAGGGGUCAUUAGGGAGAGCAGCUGAGCCCAGGGGCUGGUGUAACCCUGGCUGCAGGUUAGCCUCAUCUGGGGAGCUGGAAAAGCCCUUCAGAUGGUCAUGGCAAUCUCCAACCACAACACUGUUUACAGAAGGCUCCUCAGCUGUCUGUGAGAUGUGUGGUAUUGUGGGCACCAGAGAAGCUUUCUUUUCAAAGACCAAGAGGUUCUGCAGUGUCUCAUGUUCCAGGAGCUACUCUUCCAACUCCAAGAAAGCCAGUAUCUUGGCUAGACUUCAGGGAAAGCCCCCCACCAAGAAAGCCAAAGUCCUGCACAAAGCAGCCUGGUCCGCCAAAAUUGGAGCCUUCCUCCACGCCCAGGGAACAGGACAGCUAGCAGAUGGGACACCCACAGGACAAGACGCUCUAGUCUUGGGGUUCGACUGGGGGAAGUUCCUGAAGGAUCACAGUUACAAGGCUGCUCCUGUCGGCUGCUUUAAACACGUACCCCUCUAUGACCAGUGGGAGGACGUCAUGAAGGGGAUGAAGGUAGAAGUCCUCAACAGCGACGCCGUGCUCCCCAGCCGGGUGUACUGGAUCGCCACUGUCAUCCAGGCAGCUGGGUACCGGGUACUGCUCCGAUAUGAAGGCUUUGAGAAUGACGCCAGUCAUGACUUCUGGUGCAACCUGGGGACUGUGGACGUCCACCCCAUUGGGUGGUGUGCCAUCAACAGCAAGAUCCUGGUGCCUCCACGGACCAUCCAUGCCAAGUUUACUGACUGGAAGAGCUACCUCAUGAAGCGGUUGGUGGGAUCCAGGACACUUCCUGCAGAUUUCCAUAUCAAGAUGGUAGAAAGCAUGAAGUACCCUUUUCGGCAGGGCAUGCGCUUAGAGGUUGUAGACAAGACUCAGGUGUCACGGACCCGCAUGGCUGUGGUGGACACAGUAAUUGGGGGUCGCCUGCGGCUCCUCUAUGAGGAUGGUGACAGUGAUGAUGACUUCUGGUGCCAUAUGUGGAGUCCCCUGAUCCAUCCAGUGGGUUGGUCACGGCGUGUUGGCCACGGCAUCAAGAUGUCAGAGAGACGAUGUGACAUGUCUCAUCACCCUACCUUCCGGAAAAUCUACUGUGAUGCUGUUCCUUACCUCUUCAAGAAGGUCCGAGCUGUCUACACAGAAGGUGGUUGGUUUGAGGAAGGAAUGAAACUAGAGGCCAUUGACCCUCUGAAUCUGGGCAAUAUCUGUGUAGCAACCAUCUGCAAGGUGCUCCUGGAUGGUUACCUGAUGAUCUGUGUGGAUGGGGGGCCGUCCACGGAUGGCUCAGAUUGGUUCUGCUACCACGCCUCCUCCCACGCCAUCUUCCCAGCCACCUUCUGCCAAAAGAAUGACAUCGAGCUCACACCCCCAAAAGGGUAUGAGACACAGCCUUUUGACUGGGAGAGCUACUUAGAAAAGACCAAGUCAAAAGCAGCUCCAGCGAGACUCUUUAACAUGGACUGCCCCAACCAUGGCUUCAAGGUGGGCAUGAAGCUGGAGGCUGUGGACUUGAUGGAGCCACGGCUCAUCUGUGUGGCCACCGUGAAGCGAGUGGUGCAUCGUCUCCUGAGCAUCCACUUCGAUGGCUGGGACAACGAGUAUGAUCAGUGGGUGGACUGCGAGUCCCCCGACAUCUACCCUGUUGGCUGGUGUGAACUCACCGGCUACCAGCUCCAGCCGCCCGUGUCCGCAGAACCAAACACACCUCAGAAAGGCAAGGAUGCCACGAAGAAGAAGAAGAAGCAGUUUGGGAAGAAAAGGAAAAGAAUCCCGUCAGCCAAGACUCGGCCCCUCAGACAGAGCUCCAAGAAACCCUUACUGGAGGACAACCUUGAGGCUUUGGGGGUCUCGGAACCAGUUCCUGAUGACAUCAUCGCUGUGUGUGUGAAAGAGGAGCACCAGGACCUGCCCUCGCCUGACAGGUCACCCAGUCCACUGCUGCCUCUCCCCACCGAGAGUAUCAAGCAAGAAAGGGACAGCUGAGACUUCCCUGGCAUCAGCCUGGAGGCUGCCUGAAGCCAAGCCUGGUCACGAGCAAAGAGGGGGCCGGCUUUACUGUUCUGCAGCAAGUGUCCAGGGCCUCCCUCCGCCCUCUGCACAGGCCUGCUGACAGGUCAGCUUGAGUUCUAAGCUGGCACACUCAUUGCACCUCAGCACACUGGAAAACGAGACUGAUCCCCAUGUGUCUACCCAGGCGAGUGGUGGAAGUAAGGCUAUGGAGCAGCUGUAGGUGGGCAGCCCAUGCUGACGCUGGGUGUGGACAUAGCCACCUCUGCCCAAAAUAAAUUGAGCAUCCUAUACCUCCUGGGGGCACCCUGCCUGAUGUCCCAGGAGCCCCACUGUGGCAGGUGAUUGACCAAGGUAGUGGGUUUGAACUUUGACCUCAGGGAUGGCAAGAACACUGACGUCUUUCUUAGAGGGAAUGGUUGGGAAGACAUAUAGGGACCUGUGGCCCUAAGGGAAACAUGGGCCAGGCUGCCUGCUGUUGGGCACAGGACCAGACAGUAGUUGACCCAUGCAGUCUGGGGUGCUGACUGAGACCAUCCUCUAGAGCUGAGCUUGGGUUGGACCUAAGGUUUCCAUUCCCCUGCCUGGUCAGCAGGGCCACUGCUCAGCAUACCGUCGCUACAGUGUUGGCUUUUGAUUUCCCACUUAGACACUUUAGUUGUUUUUUUUUGUUUUGUUUUGUUUUGUUUUCUGGAGCUGGGGACCGAACCCAGGGCCUUGUGCUUGCUAGGCAAGCACUCUACCACUGAGCUAAAUCCCCAGCCCCUAGUUGUUUAUUUUUGAGACAGGGUCUAUGUAGUACUUGCUGUUCUGGAGCUUGAGAUGUAGCCCAUGCAGAUAAACUGAUAGGGAUCCCCCUGUCUCCGCCUCCUCGUGCUGGGAUAAAGCUGUGCGUCCAGCCCCCAGCUAGACACUUUGGAACUGGUGGUGUAGCCCUCAGUAUCAUCUUGAACACCAGUUGGGGCUCCUGCAGUGCCCUUUGUGCUUCACUGGGUUUUGGACGAAGCAGUGAGGCCCCUGCUUCCUGUCAUGUAGUGACUGUAGUGUGCUGCGUGACUAUCUCGGUCAAGUCCCGUCAAGAAGAUGAAAGUCCACAGCAAAAGGCAGGUUCGAUUCCCAGUGCCUGCUCACAGCUGCCUGUAUCUUGAUCUGCAGGGGACCCUGUGCCUCUGGUUUCUGUGGAUACAAAUGUGUAUGCCCUUAAAAAUCAUUAAAAAAAAAAAAAAACUUUGAAGAAAA